AUGGAGAAUAAGGAGACUCUCGAGUACUUUGGUGCGACAACCUUCCGCCUCCGAAUAGCAGGCCUCACCAUCUUUCACGACACAUGGCUUAGCCGACCUUCAUUGCUACCUCAAUUUCUCAACAUCAACGACAUAACGGAUGUAGAUUACAUCCUCAUAUCCCAUGCCCACUUCGACCAUCUCCCCGGCACUGAUGUGAUCGCCAAACGCACCGGCGCAAUCGUCGUCGCUAACAGCGAAGCAAUCAACCGUCUCCGCGACGCCGGGGUCCCAGAUACCCAACUCCUGCCCGUCUCUGGCGGCGAGCGCAUCCCUCUCUUUACACGAGAAGUGCGUCUUGCUGCUGCUUCGAGUAGCCCUAGUAUUAUUCUCCGCCAAGGAGGACCACCCACUGCACCCCCUGAGCCGCACCAUAUGCUCGCGGUAGCAGAAGUGCAUAUCUGGCCAAGCCUGCACUGCCUCCUCCCAGGCAGCCACGAGACGCUUCCCGAUGUACUCGAUACCGGUGAUUCAUACGAGGGGGAGGCAACACCUUUUGAUGGGACGUUGGAUGUCACUCGGGGAAUGAAGUAUGGGCUUUUCAAGCUCAGGGAGCUGGUCCCCGCUGAUAUGAUUGCGGGUGAUUAUAAAUUGCGAUGUUUUGUGGAGUGGCUAGAGGAUAGAGGGCCAGGGAGGAAUGUGAUGUCCGCUUGUGAUGGGGGUCAGCUUAUGUUUCAUGUCUUACGAACAGGAAAGGAUAAUACUUCCAGUGCCGGGAUCUGGAGCGGGGGAAUUCUGUUCAAUGCACACCUAGGUGCGUAUGAGGGCAUCGUGAAGACGAUACAACCACGUCCCAGUCUCGUUGUGCAGGGAAUUGCGGGAAGAGCGAAUCUAAAUGGCAGACCGUUCAACGGAUCUGCUGCGGACUUUGCAACGGAAUUGAUGAGGUGGCUGGGGGAGCCCGAGAGGGUGAUUUGGUGUUUGCAUGAUGAGUGUCUCAUUAAGCCAUAUCGCAUUGAUACGACGGCUGCAACCGCGGCAGUGGAAUCAGGCACAAGGACGCGGGUUGUGGAUUUAAGGUCCGGGGAGCCUUAUGUUCUGUAUUAG